GCCGUCAUCACGCACCGUUGCCAAACAAUGGGCAGGGAAAAGCCACGUUGACGAACUCGACAGUAGUCUGCGUUAUUUUCAUCCAGGAAACAGAAGGAUUGUUUUGUAUUUUGAAGACAACGAAGAAAUUCUUUAGAAGAAGCGCUUGACAGCAACCAUGUCAUCGCCGCCCAAAGAGAAAAUCGAAACAAAAGCUGGACAUCUCCCUGCUGUGAAAGUAGGAGGAGGCAUGAGGAUAGUUCAGAAGCACCAGUCUGCAAAUGACGUGCCAGACAAGAAACAAGAUGAGAAAGACAGUAAAGAAUAUGAGACUGAGCCCCCACCAAAGCUGCCUGUUGUGGUCUCAGGAGUUGUCACUAAGGGGGAUAAAGACUUCACUCCUGCUGCUGCCCAGGUGGCCCAUCAGAAACCUGUGCCCUCGGUACAGAAGCUUCCUUCGGCCCACCACAUCAACCAGCACAUCCACCAGCCUCGGAAGUGAGCCCUUAACCCAGCUCUAGACCAUCAUGGGCCCCCCACACGAGGCCAGGACCACACCACCCCAAACACCUGCUCAGGUUGCCAGGGAUCUCUUGCCGUCAAGCAUUCCGUACACACCCUCCCCCCACCCCCUUCCGUCUGUGCCUGCAAGUGUCCUGUUUUGACCAGUAUCAUGACAAACGUUCCAUUUUCUCUUACCUGUAAAUCAUUGCAACACUAAAAUUGAAGGCUCCAUUGCGAAUCACUAAUCAGAAACAUGUUAAUUCUGUGGGUUCAUUUCAUGAGGGAUAUGUGGAGCUGUGUUUUAUUUUGUUUUAAUUUUGUUUUACAUGAAUAGUUCCAGAGAGAUGUAAAUUGUAUAAAUCAUUUUUUUGAACUUAGUGAAUGUUGUAUAUUAGGCAUUAGGUACUAGGUGUGGUUAUCUGAAUAAAGAGUUAAUAUAAAACCA